AUGCUUAACAUAUUUGUUGCCCGCGAUGACAAGAGCGACGGUCUCUCCCCUGCUAUGUCUUGGACUGGUCGCUGGUCUGCUUCUCUCCGCCGCAAGCGCCAAGCUAAGAAAGAAUCUCUGCUUCCCAUCCACAACGGCCAAACUCCCCACCAUCAGCGCCGUCUUACAAUCACCGCCGGCAAGACUGAAUCUGUCGUCGUUUACGACGAGAAGCGCGCCCUCAUGGAGACCUCAGAUAGCCCUCCCCCGAGCCCCGUUCCGGAGAUCCGCAUCACGUUCCCCGAGGAGGAAGAUGAGUCUGGAAAGCGCAAGUCCGGCCGCAUGGUUGUCGUCCGAAUUAGCGAUGCUGGAAGUAUUGGCCUGGAACCUUGCCAUGACGAACUUCCUCCGUAUCAAACCAACGACACGGGUCGAUUCCAGUCACUUGACCUCGAGCGCAUGGGUGGUCUGAAGGAGAAAGAGGACACGAAGAGUUAUUCAUAA